GUCAUCCGUGAACGUUCUUCUGUGACGAUUCCAGGCUUUAGCAUUGACCACAGGCAACAGGAGAAGUUUCACACGGCUCCUGAACAUGGCUCUAAAUCGGAACCAUUCGCAAAACGGCGGAGUUUUGAUCAAUAACGGAGAAAGUGUCUUAAGACAAUGUAAGAAUGUGGAGCUGUCAUUCAGCGACUUCUCUUGCAAGACUGAUCUGCUGAAAGGGACCAAGAAAGGCACCAUUUAUCUAACUCCAUACAGGCUGAUGUUCGUGUCCAGCAACAACAAGGACUGCUUAGGCUCAGCCAUGUUCCCCUACUAUCUGAUGAAAGGCUGCAGCAUUGAGCAACCAGUGUUUGGCGCCAACUACAUCAAAGGCACCGUGUCGGCUGAGCCUGGUGGCGGCUGGGAAGGUCAGGCUCAUUUCAAGAUGUCAUUUCCCAGCGGAGGAGCCAUUGAAGUGGGGCAGCAUCUUUUCAAACUGGCCACAAAUGCAUCCCGUGCUGGUCCGGCCCAGAAUGGGGCUCCUGCCUAUGGUUACCCCUCACCCGGAAUGGUGAACGGGUACGGUCCGCCUCCACCGGCGCCUACCGGCUAUCCUUACCCGCCCCCUCCCCAGCAGAAUGGAUUCUACCAGGGUCCUUCCCCUCCCACUGCUCCUGGCAAUAUGGGCUACCCCUAUCCAACGGCAGCAGCAGGAAUGUACCCAUCUGGAUUUGACUACAUGGCCCCGCCCCCUCCUUACCCUGGGCCACCUCAGAACUGGGCUCCACCCCCUCAGAACUGGACCGCCCCCCCACCUCCUGCAGGUAACUCGAAGGCGGCCGAAGCGGCAGGCAGCGCGUAUUAUAAUCCCAGCAAUCCGCAUGCCGUCUACAUGCCCGCGGAGCGGCCUCCACCGUACGCACCUUACCCAAACUCCCCCGACAAGAAGAAAGACUGAACACCUUGACGGCACUCCUACUGCUUCCCCAAAUUAGAUUCCGAUGCGAGUGAAGUUGAUGGAAAAACUGCUUGGUUGAUUAAAAACUGAAGGCUACUGGCACAAUCGGUGAUCUCUCAGCCACAGCGUAACUGUGUCUUUGAUAUUCUGUCAUUAUAAAACCGACCAUCUUAACUUUUACUUACUUUCUCAGAUAGGAAAUGUGUUAUUUUCUUUAUAAUUCCCAAACACCAAAACAGCUGUUUUAUAGAAUGUAAAAUAAAACAUACAAACGAAACAUUUUCUGCUGAUUUGAUUGCGGUUCCUGAAGAAAAUUCCACAACAAAAACACUCUUUUUACAGCAUCACAGCAAAUAUUCAGUUUUUCUUUCUUUCUUUUUGUGUGUGUAUUAAUAUAUAGCAAAUAUCAACAACUUAAUCUAUUA